AUGUGUAUCUCAUCAUAUAUGUUAAUACUCUCUCUUUUUUCUCAAGGUUUUCUAAUCUCAGUUUCAAAAUCUCUGCAAAAAGCAGAUGAAGAUAUGUUGCUAACUGCAAUCAAUCUAGGAAGAACCCUUCGAAAUGGAGAUAGAACUGAAAAGAGAGGAGCAGUGCCUUUGCUGAAACGUUAUAAGAUUGAGGAAAGCUUCUUGGAUGAAAACGAUGACAGAAGAUUAAAGUUUUUUGACACUGAUUCCAGACAUGAUUUCUUAAAUCAUGGUGUACCUAUCAGUGCAGGCAGAAAGCAACUACCUUAUCUUGCAGUGAAGGGAGCCAUUGCUUUUCCAGCUGACACUGAGAUUCAGAAUAUUGAAUCAAUACAGGAAAGAGAGACAGUGGAAGAAGAAAAUUCAGCUAAAUUCCCCAUAGGAAGGAGAGAUUUUGACAUGCUCAGAUGCAUGCUGGGAAGAGUCUAUCGACCUUGUUGGCAAGUCUGAAAACUACUGACUCACAGCACCUUCUUUGAAAAAGAUUAAAUAUUUUAUUGUGAGUUUAA